AUCCGACGCAACCGGGCAGGGAUGCGCGAGGUGCGGCCGCAGUUGUGUCAAAACAUUCAGUAGGUGUGUAGUUUGAUGUUCUUUCCCCCUUGUCGCUGCUUCUAAACAUAGAACAGUGGAAGGAAAAAGGAAGCAACGCAAAGCAGCAACAGCACCAGCAGCAGCAUCUCGAAAAAUGGCGACCUUCGUAUUGGUGGUGGUGGAGAAGAUCGCGCUGGCCUUAUAGGAAACCCCAGCCCGAACACGCACUUGCUUGGCGCUGCGUGGGUGCUGGCCGUGCAAUAUUGCAAUAUACCCAGCAGCAGCAGCGAUUGGUCAUCGUCUCUCGUCCACACCGACGCACACACACACCCACAGUGAUUCCCGUGCUACUCCCAGCAUCCCAGUUGCCCUGAUCUGAUGACCGUGUGUGUGGGGUCUGGUUUUCCUCGACAACCUGUUUUUGCUGCUGACGGCGAGGCUGCAUUUUCCUGCCAAGGGUGACCCUGCGUGCGGGAGUUUUUCUUGUAAACGGGUUUUGUCGUAGUGCCACAGGGAAGCGCCAACCAUCACCCCGGGGAACCCAUACGUGAGUUUGUCUAUGUGUGUGCGUGUUUGUGUGUGGUGCACCCUCUGCUGCCUGGCCUACUGAUCGCGGCAGUGACGGUGAAAUAACGGUUCGCCCCCACGACCAGUGUGUUCGCCAGAGUGUGGCGCAUUUCGAAGCGACAAUUUGAUAAGUAAACAGUAUUUAGAAGUAUCUGUGACUAAAAGGAGCCAAUUGGCCGGGCAAAGCACAAACACCAUGUCACGUGCUAAAUCGCGCAUACAAACGGAUGUUUGUGGGGACUGCGGGAGUGCCGAUCCAUCCUGGGCCUCGAUCAACCGUGGCAUUCUUCUCUGUGCCGACUGCUGCUCGGUUCACCGCAGCCUCGGACGACACAUCUCGCAGGUGAAAUCCCUGCGCCAGGGCAGCUGGCAACCGUCCGUGCUGAACUUUGUCAACCAGCUCAAUGCGCACGGUGCCAACAGUGUGUGGGAGCAUCUGCUGCUCGAUUCGGCCGCACCGAAGAGCCUGAAGCGCAAACCCGCGCCCAAGGAUGCGGUACACCCGACCAAGGCGGACUUUAUCCGCGCCAAGCACGUCCAGCUGGCGUACGUGCUGAAGCCGACGUUUCAAGCGGAGGAGGGAAGCAGUCUGGAGCUGGAGCUGAGCAAACAGCUGCACGCCAGCGUGCGGGCCGGCAAUCUCGAAACGUCCCUCCGGCUGCUGGUGCAGGGAGCGGAUCCAAACUUUUACCACGAGGACAAGGGCUCGACGCCGCUGCAUGUGGCCGUCAAGUCGGGCCAGCUGUCGCAGAUCGAGCUGUUGCUGGUGUACGGUGCGGACGUGAAUGCGCUGGACGCGCAAGGCAACACGCCGCUCGAGCUGGCCCGACAGGCGAAGCAGAGCGUCAUCGCGGAACGGCUGCUGGAGGUCAUGUACGAGGUGACGGAUCGGCUCACGUUCUUUCUGAUUGGCAAAAAGCCCAACCAUGCGUCUGGACAGCAUCUGCUAAUUCCGGGCCAGUCGAAGAAGGAAAUGAGCGAACAGCUCAAGAUUGCACGCGGCAAGCUGCAGCUCGUGCCGAACCGGAUGUUCGAGGAGCUGGUAAUGGAUCUGUACGACGAGGUGGACCGUCGCGAAACGGAAGCCAUCUGGGCGACGAGUACACUCAAUCCCGACUCUGGCGCGGUGCCGUUUCUGCCCACGAAUCCUCACCUCAGUGCCACACGAAAUCAGGGUCGCCAAAAGUUGGCUCGCUUUAGCCAGCAGGAGUUUGCCGGCCUGCUGAUGGACGUCCUGCUCGAUGCGCACCGGCGUCAGAAUAUGGCCAACCUGCGUCCCAUGGAUGGGCCGUUGCCGGCCGGUUUGGCACAGCUGAAAGCGGCCGCCCUAGCACCCGGGGUUGCGGCCGGUGUUGGUGGUGGCAUCCGCGAUUCCAAUCUCUCCGACGAUGAGCCGCUGUACGAUGCGGUCGCGUCCGACGAUGAUUACGCUGCGCUGGCGCCGGUAGCGCAACAGGCCCUUGUGAACAAAUCAUCCCCGGCAGCCGUUUCCAACGUGGAGGUGGAAACGUUGCGCCAGCGAAUACAGGACCAAGAGCUGACAAUACACGAGCUGCGCAGCAUGAUACAGAAGCUGGCCUCGGAAAACAAUCAGCUAAAGUCGUCCAUCGACACAAAGGAUCACGAUGUGCAGCUACGCAUCGAUUCGCAUCUGAACGGUUCCGGCGGCGCCAGCGAAGGCUCCCCGGAACGGGACCAGGAAGCACGGCAGGCGGCCGCCGCGGCAGCCGCCGCCUACGCCAAACGACCCGUCAGCAUGUACGAAACGCGCCAGACGCCACGUGACGAAAGCCGACCACCGAUCACGCAGAGCCUUUACUCGAUGGCUCCGGCUGGUGCCAGCGCCAGCAUGGACCCGGGCAAUGGCACGAAUGUGAACGGUGGCACCGGUGCCGGUCAGCUUCCCUCCUUCGAGGAGGUGAAACGCCGCACCGAUGUAGUGGCGCGCCGCAUCAAGGACCUGUUCGCAGCGAUGAAAGAUCUUUCCCAGCGGGAAGCGUUCGUCCCGUCGGCGGAACGGAUACGGCUGGCAGUCGUUGAUUUGAUGGCCCUGUUUCCCGCCUCGAUCAUUGCGAGCGAAUCGCUCCGCGGUGCCCUGCAGCAGCUCAACUUUCACGGCAACCUGAUCCAGGCGGAGUGUGCCCGGCUGCAGCAAUGUUUGGCAGCGGAAGGUAUGGUGGCGACGGCGGCCAACACUGUACCGAACGGUGGUGGUGGUGCCGGGGUGGCCGGUGCAGCCAAACCGUUGGCGGAAAGUAUUCAGCAAAGCAUGGAACAGGUGCGUGGCUGCGCGUACGAUCUGGCAAUGUCCACCAAAAUGCUCAUUACUCAUCUGCAGCAAGCGUAGAGGUGGUUUAGCACUGUAUUAGCUUUGGUUAUUUUCAAAAAUGUCUAUUUUUUGCACCUGGUUUCAAUUCCCUUUUUGGUAGUUUAUAGUCGAAAAAGGGGACAAUUUCUAGCUAGCACCAUUUUCCGUUUAAAUAACUUACACUAACUUGCUCAGACGGCAGCUAACGUAAUUCAACGUAACCCAGCCAAACCCAGCGCGCAGCCACCGAACCAACAGCCCGUUCCGAAGUCAAAACCCGUACAGUAUUCGUAGCCAUUUCUCUAGCAAGGACGUGUGCGCAAGUCUUUUUGUAUUUUCGCCAAAGCUGCGCAGCUUUGAGCGUUGCUUUUUUUUGCAAUAUUUGUUAUUUCUAGUUUUAUUGCCGGUAAGCACCGAGCAGAUGCCGAUUAGCCUCCAUCCCGAAAGUGCCAAACGAACACAGGACCAGUGAAUACAGUUGUUACUAGUGAACCAUUAUUUUCUUAUAUUUUUCUUGUUGCAAGCAGAUGAAACGGGACAGACGUUUGCAAAGUAAUAUUAAUUAAUUUCACAAUGUAUCUAUCUAUUUUACAACGAAUACGCACAUUUAGACGGCAAGAAAAGGUAUGGCCUAAAGUUGAACACGAUCGUUUUCGUGUGUGUGUGUGUGUUGAAGCUAACUAUUGAAUGAGAUUUUUUAUACAUUUUAUAUGAACUUUUAUGUUUCUAUUUUCCCUUACGCUAUAAACCUAAAACACAGAGAUAUCUGACAAUAAUGAGAAGAACAUUGGGCAAUUGGGAUUAUAGAGCUCUGUUUUAUUAAAUACUAAACUGAGCAACUCAAACGUUUACAGAUUUUAUAAAAGUGUUUCUUUCUUCGUUUGUCUAACAUAGAGUAUAGGAAGCAAUUAUACAAGAGAUAAAACGUUUGAAUGUGUUUCAAUCGAGACUCGAAAACUCGGCAAAUCGGAGCAACAAUUACACACUGGAAGAGUAUUUAUCAGCUAUUGCAAUUUAUAGUCCGAAAAAUGGCUUCUAAUCGAUAUAACGGUAAAGAUGAUGAUAAUGAUGUUACUAAAAUAAAAGAUUUAAUAAUGUGCGGGUCAUGUUGAAAAAACCUGGCGCAGCAAUGAUUUCAUAAA